GAGAAGAGAGAAAAAGAAUGGGGAGAGGCAAAGUGGAGCUGAAGAGAAUAGAGAACCCAACAAAUAGGCAGGUCACCUUCUCAAAGCGGAGAAAUGGGCUCUUGAAGAAGGCUUUUGAGCUUUCCAUCCUUUGUGAUGCUGAAAUCGCAAUCCUCAUCUUCUCUCCCUCGGCAAAACUUUUCCAGUUCGCUAGUCAUGACAUGGAUAGGACAGUCGCAAAGUAUCGGACCGAAGUUGGUUUGCCUCAGUCAAAUAACCAGCUCUCUCGGACUAUGGAGUAUUGGAGGCACGAGAUGGAGGAGUCAAAGAGAGCAAUCAGGGACUUGGAAACAAAACUUAGGCACUUAGCUGGGGAAGAUAUAUCAUCUUUGGGUAUGAAAGAAUUAAGACAGCUAGAGCGACAGCUAAGAACAGGAGUUGAACGGAUCCGCUCUAAGAAGAGACGCAUGGGUUUGGAACACAUCAACUUGUUGAAGAGAAGGCAAAGAAUCAUGCAGGAGGAGAACACUCGGCUCAAGAAAAGAGUUAAAGCUGCAUGAACUACACGAUGAUCAUAUUGAUGGAGAAACAAGUUCAAGAAUAUUGGAAGCAGAUAUCACAUUCAUGUAAUGAGUAAUCAUUCAGGAAUAAUGAAGCCGGCUAGGGUUUAUCAUCUAUUAAUGGAAUGAGGCCUCUCUAUAUAAGGAGUCGUUUCAAGAAGGUUAAGCUACUAUACGCCUCUAUAUAUAUAUAUGGCUUUGAUUAUAUGUAGUUUUCUUAUUAGUCCUUUUUAACCAUAUUAGAUCAUGUGGGAAUGU